AUGUCUUGGAAAAAUUUAUUAUCAAAAAACCUUAAAGAACUUCGUGUUCAUUUUUGUCAAACUAAUCCUGCUAGUAAUGGAGUUAGGGAAUUUAUCGCCAAAAAUUAUCUCCCGUUAAAAGAAGCUAACCCAAAUUUUCCAAUUUUAGUUCGUGAAGCAAGUGGUGUGGAAGCAAGAUUUUUUGCUCGUUAUGGUAUGGGUAAAGAGAAAAAAGUUGUAUUGAAUAAUUUAUCUGCUAAGGAUGUAGAAUCUAAAUUAGAGGAAUUAGUAAGAGUAGCAGUAUAA